AUGCCGCCAGGUCCAUUUCCACUACCCCUGAUUGGAAAUACACACUUACUACCCGACGAAAAGCCAUGGAUCUACUUCGAGAAACUAGCAAAACAAUACAACACACCCAUGAUAACAUUUUGGACGGGACGAAGACCAACAAUCUGGAUCUGCGAUGCAUGGGCCGCAAGUGAACUUCUCGAUAAACGCGCCGCGAUAUAUGCCUCUCGACCACGCAUGGUAGUCUUCAGCGAGCUGGGCGCAGGACAAUCCAAUCUCGUCAACAUGUACUACGGCGACAGGUGGAGACUACAUCGAAAACUGACACAUAUGGGAGUGGGCCUUCAACAGGUAAGAAAUUAUCGUGGUUUCCAGAAUGACGAGAGCAAAGUUGUUGCUUUUGAUCUGUUGCAAGAACCGAAGGAAUACGUGAAGCACUUUGAACGGUAUGCGACAAGUGUUGUCUCAAUUAUUGGGUUUGGUAGGCGCGUUGCUACCUUCACCGAUCCGAUUAUCACGGAGGUCAUUGCUGUCAUGCAGCGGGCUGCUGAGCUUAAUGUUCCUGGGAAGUCAUUCCCGAUGUUGAUGGAGUCGUUUCCAUUCCUAGCAAGAUUUCCAAACUGGAUGGCACCCUGGAAGCAAGGAUUAGGAAAAGGACAAGGAAGAGGCCGCCCAUUUUUCUACGCACUGGCCGAAGAAGCCGCAACAAACCCAAACGCAGCACAGAGCUAUGCGAAGAAGAUAUUCGAUGAAGCACCCAAGCACAACCUGACCCGAAUGGAGAUCUCCUCACUUUCGGGGAAUUUAUUCGGAGCCGGAAGUGACACGUCGAGCUCCACGCUAGUGACAUUCGUCCUGGCAUGUUGUGCUUUCCCUGAAACGCUAGCCAAGGCAUGGGAGGAACUUGACAGGGUGGUGGGACCACACCGGAGCCCGACAUUCCAGGAUGAAUCAGACCUUCCGUACAUCAAAGCUUUUGUCAAAGAAGUAUUGCGGUGGCGAUCGGUCGCGAUUAUAGGUGGCCAACCACACGCGCCGAUCAAGGACGAUCAUUAUAAGGGCUGGUUAAUCCCGCGGAAUACAUGGGUCCAGGGGAAUGUCUGGGCUAUUCACCACCAUGAGCGAGAAUUCCCGGAUCCAGAUCGCUUCAAUCCGGAUCGGUAUAUCGAGGAUAGUCCCGAGUCUCGUCCAUUCCCUGGUGAGAAGGGUUAUAUGACCUUCGGAUGGGGCAGACGGGUCUGCAGCGGACAGGGGCUGGCGGAGCAAGGGACGUUUAUUACCAUUGCGAGACUGCUUUGGGGGUUCAGGAUCGAGAAAGCGUUGGAUGGAGAGGGUAAUGAAAUUCCAGUGGACAUAUUUGAUUACACAAAUGGCCUCAAUAUGCGCCCUAACCCUUUCGAAUGUCGAAUCACUCCUCGGAGUCCGGAAAUCCGUGCAGCAAUUGAGAGGGAGGGCAGGCAGGCGUUGCAAGAUCUUUCCCAAUACGACGGCGAGUCUCAGUACCGCAUGAGCACAUUUUAUGCCAAGGAGAAUCUGUGA